AUGGAUCCUUUUGCUGUGUGCCACGACCUACAAGGGGACGGAAAGACCGAUUCCGAUCCAACUUCAGGCCCAGAUGAGCGACUGAACCCGGAAUUGACAGCUGAAGAGACUCCUACUCAGCUUCUUGCAGAGCUUGAACGGGAUGACCCAAAGCUCGCCUUUCAAGCAGCUCGAAUCUUGGGACUCUACCGACGACUAUGGGAUUCAUGCAUGUCGAAACAUACUGGCAGCGAGAAGCUCCGUCAGACCAACCAGGAGUUGAGAAGGGAGAAUACACGACUGUAA